GAGUCGUGGAAUCCUCUCGACGACAGAGGUGAAAUCGGAGCCAGAAGUGGCACUUUUUUGUACUCGUCACAUUUAAAUGAAGACCUUGAAACGGAAACUUCCAUCAAAUAAGAAGAAUGAUAAGAAGAAUGAAUUGGACAAGAAUCUCGAUGAGGAGUCGUCUUCGGAUCUUGAGAAGGAGACGAAGUCGAUGAAGAUUUCUGACGAUGGCGAUGAGGUAAAAAAGGAACCUGUCGACUCCGGUGAUGAAAGGAGCUCUGAAGAUGCUGAUGAAGAGACAUCGAGUACAGAAGAUGCUGCAAUGACAAAUGAUGAACUUGUGAGAGAGGAUAGUAUGGAAAUCGAUGCUGCAGCUACUACGUCAAAAGAAGAGGAAGAUUUUCAAAAGGAGUUCAAAGUUCUUGGACAAACAGAAUUCGAACCAUUGAAGAAAAUCAACGUCACAACUUCGUGGGUAUCAAAUGCCACUGUAUUUCCAGCCGAAAUUGCCAAAGAGAAUCUUGCAGAAUUAUCCUGCGUAACUGGCUUACCUGAACCUAUAGCCAAGGUCGUAGGUGAAAAAAUUGAGUCGUGGUUUCCGGUGCAGAAAGCCGUUCUUCCCUGCCUCUUGCAAGACAUCGUUAUGGUUCCCGUUAUUCGACCACGUGAUAUAGCAAUUUCUGCUCCUACAGGAUCUGGAAAAACGCUGUGCUAUGUGUUGCCUAUCUUGGCCCAGGUCGGAACACGUCCUCGCGGUGAAUUACGAGCACUUGUUGUCGCUCCAGUGCAGACACUUGUUAAGCAGAUAGAGCAGGAAUUCAAUACGUAUAAUGCCUGCGGAGCCGUUAUCUCAGCUCUGUCUGGAGCGACAGAUUUUCGGAAAGAACAACGUACUCUAGCUCCUGAAGGAGUUUGCACUUCGGAUAUCAUAAUCUCUACUCCGGGUAGACUAAUGGACCACUUGACUAAUCCCGCUAGUGGAAUAAAACUUGAUUCUCUUAAGUUUUUAGUCGUAGAUGAAGCAGAUAGAAUGGGCACAAUGGUCAGACAGGAGUGGCUUGCAGUGGUGGAACGUCGAAGUGGGGGUUUGAUGCGUGCUACAUGUUUAGAGGACAUACUCGCAACGCGAUGGGCACCGCGUAAGAUUUUGCUCUCAGCCACAUUAUCCAGAGAUGUCGAAGAAUUGCACAUGUGGAACUUACAUCAACCUCGUUUAUUCCGUGCAGAUGAGCGUAAAAGCAAGGAGAUCGGGGUGGAUCUUCAUGCCCUUGAUCAUGUUUCUGGUGCUUUAUCGCUUCCCUCCAGCAUCCAACACACCGUUUUAGCCGUAGAGCAAAAGUUCCACCCACUCGUUUUGUUCCUGAAAAUUUUGGAAAACGACUGGAGAAGAGUGCUAGUCUUUACCAACGAGAAAGAAUCGUCCUUACGUCUUUCUAUACUUAUAAGUCGCCUUGCUAAAUCGAAAUUUGCGGUAGAACAGCUGACAAGUGAUUUGUUUGGAAACCGAAGAGCGAAAAUAUUAAAGAGAUUCAAAAAUGGCACGACCCGCGUCUUGAUAUGUUCAGACGUUCUAUCGCGUGGUGUCGAUGUGGAAGACAUUGAUUGUGUUGUAAAUUAUGAUCUGCCAAAAAAUGAUCGACUAUUCGUACAUCGAGCUGGACGCACAGGUCGUGCUGGAAAAGCAGGGCGCGUACUGAGUCUUGCUGAUGGAGAAGCCAGGAAGAUCUUUGUGAAAAAUGUGCUGCGAAAGAAUGGGCUCUGGGUAAACGCGGAGGAGGUUGAGAUUGAAAAAGAAACUUUAGAGCCACAUUUGCAUAGAUACGAGAAAGCUCUCAAGUAUCUCAAGAAAAUUUUAGAAGCGAAAGCAGCGACUAAACCUUCCAAAAAAAGAGCGAGAGUGAGCGGUUUUGCCUACCGAAAGAAGGCACGAUAUGAAAUGAUCAAAGAGAAACUGAAAGAAAGAGAAAACAAACCUUGGAGAAAAGAAAAGAAGGAUACUGGAUUUUGACGAGUCCUUAUUUAAAGUUUGAUUUCAAGCCAGAUUGUCUAGCUAUAAUUGAUUGUUGAAGAAUUGUUGUUAUUGUUGUGUUUGGAUAGAUUUAACUCUGUACAGAGAAUAAAGCUUUUC